GCCAUUGACCCACCCUACAGCGAAACUGUUUAUAUACAGAGUUGGAGCCUCCGACCUCUGACUUCCAAGCCUCUUCGACCCUGACAAGACAAGGCAACAAGGCGGUGCUACCAGCGACGAGACGACACCCCCAGAUCUCCGCAUCCCCAGCUUUCUUCCACCCAUCGCCUCGGCCCACGUCAUCCUCGAACUUCCAAACAAACGGCCAUUGGCCCCUCGCACUACACGGCCAAUAAGCAGACAGCGUAUCUGUAGCAAAACAUGGUUGGCAGAAGAAACAUCACCUCGUUCGGCGAGCAGAAGGGCUCCGACAGCGGCCAUGGUCGUCCAGACCAGGCCCGCAAGCGCAACCAGCACGACGUCGAGAACGGCUUGAAUGGCACAAAGAAACCCAAUAUGUUCAGAUUCAGAGAUGCCGCCCAUACUGCCCUUGGUGACAGGAGGAGAGAAGAACUCAAGAACAAGAUUAUGGCCGGUGUCGAAAGCGUCGACAUUGAACGCUUUAGGAAAUCGAAGCAGGAUCUCAAGGACAUCAAGAGCAAGAAGGUCAGACAGUUCUAUGAAGAUCAGAACAACCGCCUCGACGACUGGGCCGAAGUUGAUGCUCUGGUCAAGGCUUUGGCCGACGAUGUCCUCGAUAGCAUGAAUCCAGAUGCAGACAACGAUGGCCAACAAGAACGCCAUGGAGGCCUGCAAGAUGCCAAUGGUGCCAUCUGGGACUUCCUUCCUGACGAUGUCAAGGAGGGCCGCCAGAAGGCUGAGAAGAAAGCCAAGUGGGCCAUCAACAUUAACGUUAUUGCAAACAUCCUCCUCCUGAUCGCUAAGCUUGCCGCCGCUUUCUCUUCGUCAUCUCUCUCUCUGAUCGCUUCGCUUGUUGACUCCGCCCUGGAUCUUUUGUGCACUCUCAUCGUUUGGACCACCAACAGACUCGUUCAGUGGCGUCUCAACGCUCUAAGAAAGCGUUUCCCAGUCGGUCGCCGUCGUCUUGAACCUCUCGGUAUCCUGGUCUUCUCUAUCAUCAUGGUUAUUUCCUUCCUCCAAAUCUUGAAAGAGUCGGUCGAGAAAUUGAUGCCCGACGCACCACACAAGGCCAAAGAACUUCCUGCCAUCGCUAUCGGCGCAAUGCUCGGAACUGUUAUCGUCAAGGGCAUUAUUGGUCUCGGCUGCAUCCGCAUCAAGACUACUCAAGUCCAGGCCCUCGCUCAGGAUUGCAAGACUGAUGUCGUCUUCAACACUCUCUCCCUUCUGUUCCCAUUCAUCGGCUACAAGGCAAAUGUGUGGUGGCUGGACCCUGCAGGUGCUGGCGUCUUGUCCCUCUUCAUCAUCUACGACUGGGCAGGCACUUGUUUCGAGAACAUCACUAGACUCUCGGGUCAAGCAGCGGAUGAGCAGUUGCAGAAGAAGCUACUCUACCUGUGCUACCGCUUCUCCCCUGUGGUUGAUGGUUUCAAGAGCAUUACUAGCUACCACGCCGGUGACGGCAUCUGGGUCGAGAUCGACAUCAUCCUCAACGAGCAGUCCAAGUUGCACAGCACUCACGACAUUGCCGAGACUAUCCAGUACACUUGCGAGGGUCUGAACGAGGUCGAUCGCUGCUUUGUUACUGCCGAUUAUACUUCCACCGGUCCUAGCGGUCACGCCGCUGAUUCGGAGAGAGUCUAGUGGUUUAAUACUCGACAAUCGCAGAGUAUAUCAGUCACUUGCCACAAGUCCGUCCACUAAUAUCAAAAUGGUAUGGUCCAUCUGUGAUGGAUAUCGCCUUUCGAACCUCCAGGCUCGAGGUCACAAAAAAGGCAAAUGUCAUCGGUGUAAAAGCAUUAUUUUGCGAAACGCAUAGCAUGAGCAUCGCACUCUUUUCUUUCCUUUCCUUUUCUUCUCUUCUCGCUUU